AUGGCUGGAUUCUUGGUUUUGGUGGCGGUGGGCUUGAUGGGUCUGUGCAUGAAUGGUAGUUGGGGGGUGGAAGCGGGUCAGGAGGCUCCGAGGAGGAUCCAUACCCUGUUCUCGGUGGAGUGCCAGGACUACUUCGACUGGCAGACUGUGGGUCUCAUGCACAGCUACAAGAAGGCCGGGCAACCGGGCCCUAUUACCCGACUCCUCAGCUGUACGGACGACGAGAAGAAGAAGUACAAAGGGAUGCAUUUGGCUCCCACUUUUGAGGUGCCUUCCAUGAGCAGGCACCCCAAGACUGGUGACUGGUACCCUGCUAUUAACAAACCAGCUGGAGUUGUGCACUGGCUUAAGCACAGUAAAGAAGCUGAGAAUGUUGAUUGGGUUGUGAUUCUGGAUGCGGAUAUGAUCAUACGGGGGCCAAUCGUUCCUUGGGAACUUGGUGCUGAGAAAGGCAAACCUGUUGCAGCAUAUUACGGGUACUUGGUUGGAUGUGAUAAUAUUCUGUCUCAACUGCACACAAAGCACCCAGACCUCUGUGAUAAGGUUGGUGGGCUUUUAGCCAUGCAUAUGGAUGAUCUUCGAGCAUUGGCACCCAUGUGGCUUUCGAAAACAGAAGAAGUGCGCGAAGAUAGAGCUCACUGGACAACUAAUAUAACUGGUGACAUCUACGGGAAAGGAUGGAUCAGUGAGAUGUAUGGAUAUUCUUUUGGUGCAGCAGAGGUUGGUCUUCAGCACAAAAUAAAUGAUAACUUAAUGAUCUACCCAGGCUAUACUCCACGAGAGGGUGUUGUGCCUAUUCUUUUUCACUAUGGCUUGCCAUUUAGUGUAGGUAAUUGGUCUUUUAGUAAAUUAGAUCACCAUGAAGAUGGUAUUGUUUAUGACUGUGGCCGACUCUUUCCUGAACCUCCGUAUCCAAAAGAGGUAAAACUGAUGGAAUCUGAUCCAAAUAAAAGGCGAGCUCUUCUUAUGAAUUUAGAGUGCAUUAACACUUUGAAUGAGGGUCUUUUACUACAACAUGCAGCAAACGGUUGCCCGAAGCCAAAGUGGUCAAAAUACUUGAGCUUUCUGAAAAGCAAAACUUUUGCUGAACUGACUCGGCCAAAACAGCUGACUCCCGCUACUUUACAAUUUGAGAAGGCAGUACAUGUAGUACAGGCAGUACAGCAGCAAGUUGUCGAUGAGCCCACGAAGCCACAUCCAAAAAUCCACACCCUUUUUUCUACAGAAUGCACCCCUUACUUUGAUUGGCAGACUGUAGGACUUGUCCACAGUUUUCACCUGAGUGGCCAACCUGGAAAUAUCACACGAUUGCUCAGCUGUACUGAUGAAGAUUUGAAGCAAUAUACUGGCCAUGAUCUGGCUCCCACCCAUUAUGUCCCUUCCAUGAGCCGACAUCCAUUAACGGGCGAUUGGUAUCCAGCAAUUAACAAACCAGCUGCAGUCCUUCAUUGGCUUAAUCAUGCAAAUACUGAUGCAGAGUACAUAGUGAUUCUUGAUGCUGAUAUGAUCUUGAGAGGCCCAAUUACACCAUGGGAAUUCAAAGCAGCACGUGGCCGACCAGUUUCAACUCCCUAUGACUAUCUUAUUGGCUGUGACAAUGAGCUCGCAAACCUCCAUACUCGCCAUCCUGAAGCCUGUGACAAGGUUGGGGGCGUUAUCAUCAUGCACAUAGAUGAUCUACGAAAGUUUGCUUUACUAUGGUUGCAUAAAACAGAGGAAGUCCGGGCGGACACGGCUCACUAUGCCACAAAUAUUACUGGAGAUAUAUAUGAAUCUGGUUGGAUUAGUGAGAUGUAUGGUUACUCAUUCGGGGCGGCAGAGUUGAAACUAAGGCAUCAGAUUAGCAGCGAGAUACUGAUAUAUCCAGGAUAUGCUCCUCAACCUGGUAUCAGAUACAGAGUAUUCCACUACGGUUUGGAAUACAAGGUUGGAAAUUGGAGCUUUGAUAAGGCAAAAUGGAGGAAUGUUGACGUGGUUAAUAAGUGCUGGGGCCAGUUUCCAGACCCACCCGACCCCUCAACACUUGAUCAGACAGACAAGAACAAACUGCAGACGGAUCUGCUUAGCAUAGAAUGCAUAAAGACACUAAAUGAAGCACUACGCCUGCAUCAUGAGAGGAGGAACUGCGCCGAUCCCAAUUCCUUGUCCAACUCAAACUCCGAUGCAGCAGAGGAAGUUGUAGUGUCAAGGAAAUUUGGCAAGUUGGAUGCAAGUCAUGUUGUAGGAAGCAACCAUGCGGAAAUGAAUCAUUCUCAGGAAAUUUCAGAACCUACUUUGACAGAUGGGUUGUUUAGUUCUGUGAGGUUCUGGGUUGUGGCUCUAUGGGCGUUCUGUGGCUUGGGCUUCUUAACGGUUGCGUCAGUGCUGUUUUCAGGCCGUAGAGGGAAAGGUAAAAGAGGUAAAAGUUACAGAAUUAAGAGAAGAAAUUCUGGUUCAGGAUUCAUGGAUAUUAAUGGACGUGAUAGGCAUUUGCGUGGAGGUGAAGUACCUUUAUGA